AUGUCAGAUAGAACAUUCGAGGACGUGAAGGACGUCAUUCUAUCAGCCCACAAAAACACAGAGGCCGGGGAUAAAGUCGGCUUUUACAACACCUGGGCAGAGAACUAUGACCAGGUAGGAUCAUUACAAAGUCUCAAAUGGCACCCUAUUUCACAUAUAGUGAAUUACGACCUAUGACCUAUGACCUGAGGUCUAAGUGGCAUUGGUCAAAAGAGGUAUAGUGCACUAAAGGGGGGACGAGGGUGUCAUUUGAGAUUUGUCCAAAGUCCAACCACUAAUCAUUUAUUUCAGCUUUUAUUUAUUUCAUCACAUUCCCAGUGGGUCAGAAGUUUACAUACACUCAAUUAGUAUUUGGUAGCAUUGCCUUUAAAUUGUUUAACUUGGGUCAAACGUUUUGGGUAGCCUUCCACAAGCUUCCCACAAUAAGUUGGGUGAAUUUUGGCCCAUUCCUCCUGACAGAGCUGGUGUAACUGUCAGGUUUGUAGGCCUCCUUGCUCGCACAUGCUUUUUCAGUUCUGCCCACAAAUUUUCGAUAGGAUUGAGGUCAGGGCUUUGUGAUGACCACUCCCAUACCUUGACUUGUUGUCCUUAAGCCAUUUUGCCACAACUUUGGAAGUAUGCUUGGGGUCAUUGUCCAUUUGGAAGACCCAUUUGCGACCAAGCUUUAACUUCCUGACUGAUGUCUUGAGAUGUUGCUUCAAUAUAUCCACAUAAUUUUCCUUCCUCAUGAUGCCAUCUAUUUUGUGAAGUGCACCAGUCCCUCCUGCAGCAAAGCACCCCCACAGCAUGAUGCUGCCACCCCGGUGUGUCACGGUUGGGAUGGUGUUCUUCGGCUGGCAAGCAUCCCCCUUUUUCCUCCAAACAUAACGAUGGUCAUUAUGACCAAACAGUUCUAUUUUUGUUUCAUCAGACCAGAGGACAUUUCUCAAAAAAGUACAAUCUUUGUCCCCAGGUGCAGUUGUAAUACGUAGUCUGGCUUUUUUAUGGCGUUUUUGGAGCAGUGGCUUCUUCCUUGCUGAGCGGCCUUUCAGGUUAUGUCGAUAUAGGACUCGUUUUACUGUGGAUAUAGAUACUUUUGUACCUGUUUCCUCCAGCAUCUUCACAAGGUCCUUUGCUGUUGUUCUGAGAUUGAUUUGCACUUUUCGCACCAAAGUAUGUUAAUCUAUGUAAAACUCAGACUUUGCGGGGGUCCAGAGACACUGGGCUACUCCAGCGUCUACUGUGUAUAAUUGUGUGGAUGUUAACUCCACCGCAGGAUGUGGUUCUUCUGGACUAUCGUGCGCCGAGUCUGGCGGCAAACUGCCUGUCCCCCUGUUUCCAUGGCGACCGGGUGACAGCAGUGAUACUGGACGUGGCCUGUGGCACAGGAUUGGUCGCAGCACAGGUGAGCCUCACUAAACCACACCCCCUGACACCUAUGGUAAAGUGUCAGGUAGCUUUAACACAGUUUUGCACGGUACACAGGACAGAGUGUAGCUUUGAAGUGAGUGGUGAUGUCUGUGAUUUUGUGUCUGGUAUGCAGCUGAAGAAGAUGGGCUUCAGGCAUUUUGUGGGCGUUGACGGGAGCAAAGGCAUGCUGGAACUGGCCAAUAAGACGGGCCUCUACCAGGACCUCAAGCAAUGCAUGCUGGGAGACGAACCACUUCCUAUCCAAGCUGGUACCACCGAAUUUUGAACUUUGUACAACUGAUCAUGUUCAUAAUAAUCAGCAAAUAUCAAUCAGUCUGAAGCAAUCACACAUUAUUAGACCAUUAGAUUUAUUCUGACUUGAAUACUGGCAGACUUUCAUGCUUUUACCCUGGGAGAUUAGAUUAGACAUGCUUUACCCUGGGAGAUCACAAACAAAUUCAGGGAAACAACUCAGUGGAAAAGAGUUUACUACAGUUUCUCACUGUCUCCUCUUCACCCUCCGUCUAUUUUCUCCCCCUCCUCCUCUUCAUCCUCCUCUUCAUCUUCCCUCUCUAUUCCCCCUCCCCCCUCUCUAUUCCCCCUCCCCCUCUCUAUUCCCCCUCCCCCUCUCUUUUAACCCUCCCCGUCUCUAUUACCCCCCUCCUCCCUCUAUAUUCCCCAUCCCCCUCUAUAUUCCCCCUCCCCUCUCUAUUCCCCCUCCUCCUCCCCCUCUCUAUUCCUUCCCCCUCCCCCUCCCUCCUAUUCCCCCUCCCCCUCUCUAUUCCCUCCUCCCCUUCCCCUCCUAUUCCCUCCCCCUUCCCCUCACUAUUUCCCCCCUCCCCCUCUCUAUUCCCCCCCCUCCCCUCCCUCUUUAUAACCCCUCCUCCCUCUCUAUUCCCCCUCCCCCCCCUCCCCCUCUCUAUUCCCCCUCCCCAUUCCCUCCCCCUCCCCUCUCUAUUCCCCUCCCCCCCUCUCUAUUUCCCCCUCCCCCCCCUCUCUAUUCCCCUCCCCUCAAUUCCCCCUCCCCCCUCUCUCAUUCCCCCUUCCCUCUCUAUUCCCCCUCCCCCCCUCUCUAUUCCCCCCUUCCCUCUCUAUUUCCCCCUCCCCCUCUCUAUUCCCCCUCCCCCUCCCCUCCCCUCUCUAUUCCCCUCCCCCCUAUUCCCUCCCCUCUCUAUUCCCCCUCCCCCUCUUUUCCCCUCCUAUUCCCCCUCCCCCUCUCUAUUCCCCCUCCCCUCUCUAUUCCCCCUCCCCCUCUCUAUUCCUCAUCCCCCCCCUCCUAUUCCCCCUCCUAUUCCCCCUCCCCCCUCUCUAUUCCCCCUCCCCCUCUCUAUUCCCCCUCCCCCCUCUCUAUUCCCCCCCCCCCCUCUAUUCCCCCUCCCCCUCUCUAUUCCCCCUCCCCCUCUCUAUUCCCCCUCCCCCUCUCUAUUCCCCCCUCCUCCUCUCUAUUCCCCCUCCUCCCCUCUCUAUUCCUCCCCCUCCUCCCCUCUUCUAUUCCCCCCCCUCCCUCUUAUUCCCCUCCCCCUCUCUAUUCCCCCUCCCCCCCUCCCCACCUCAUCCCUCUCUAUUCCCCCUCCUAUCCCCCCCUCUCUAUUCCCCUUCCCCCUUUCUCCCUCCCCCUCUCUAUUCCCACUCUCGAUUCCCCUCAUCCCUCUCUAUUCCCCUUCCCUCACUAUUCCCCCCUCCCCUACUCUCUAUUCCCCCUCCUCCCUAUCUAUUACCCUCCACCCUAUCUAUUCCCCCUCCUCUGUUCCUCGUCCCCCGUAACUCGUCAUCGUCCUCCUCCACCCCCAUGCAGGGCAGUUUGACGUGGUAGUGAUUGUCGGGGCGCUGAGCGACGGCCAGGUGCCAGUGAAAGUCAUCAGAGAGUUGUGCCAGGCCACCAAACCAGGUAACAUUCUGACUGUUUUUAACUGGACAAAACAUACUGUACAUAAUGUAGUAGGCUUUGAAACAAUUUCUAAAGCGGGUAGUUUGGGUCCUGAAAGCCGUGGUAUGUCAGACAAUAUACCACUGGUGUGACGCAACAUGACUUGUUUACUCUUCUAGUUGCGUUGGUAACCAGGUUUGUGGUAUAUGGCCAAUAUACCACGGCUAAGGGCUGUAUAAGAAUGGCCAUAUACCACACCUCCUCGGGCCUUAUUACUGAAGGAUACUAUUCAGUAAUAAUACUGAAAUACAUAUAUGGAACAAGUAACAAUGGAGAUCUACAAACAGCCGGAUUGUGUAGAUGUAAUAGUGUGUUUAUAAACAGAAAGAGACAGAAACAAACUCACCACCACGCCUCACUUUGACCUGCCACAGGUGGUUACGUCUGCAUGACGACCAGAGGUAACCAUGACAACCUGGAGUACAAGGCGGCGCUGGAGCAUGAGCUGGAGCUGAUGGAGGGGGCGGGGCUCUGGGGUCACGUGGCGAUCAAGGAGGUGGAGGAGUGGGAGAAAGCCGUGGCGGAGCAGGAGAAGGGGUACAUACCUGGAGUGGUAUAUGUUUACAGGAAGUCAUCACAGUAACAUCACACACACCUGUACAGGUUUUUAUUUUAUUUUUUAUGCUAACUGAAAAAAUAAUUUCCAUGUAAAUGGACAAUAAAGUAUAUUGUAUCGUAUCACAUUGACCUCAUCACAGUAACACACCUGUAACACCCCUGUACAGUAACACCCCUGUACAGGCCA